AUGGGCUCGAACCCGCGGAGCCAGCCCGCCGAAUUGGAGCAUCUUCUGGAGCUUUCCGACCCGAAGCUGAUCAUUACUUCUCCCGAUGCGCUCGAUACUGUUCUCCGAGUUUCUGGCGGUCGGGGCAUGCUCCCUAGCCAGGUCUGCUUACUCGACACGUCCGCACCCCAGUAUGUCACGCAGCUGCUCCAAUCGGGGUCGCUGGCUUACCCCGGCGCGAUCGAGUCGCUGCUGCCCGAGCAAGGAUACCACCGGAAUUUCGCGCAUCUGCUGGGCUACGGCGAAAACGACUGGGUGACCUUCAACGACGAAGCGAUCGCAAAAUCCACCCCGGCUGCACUGUACUCGACCAGCGGCACAGGAGGCCUGCCCAAGGCCGCGAUUUUGUCUCAUCACGCGAUCGUCUCGCAGCACCUUGCUAUUGCAUACGAUGUGCCCUACAGUGUCACACGGCUGCUGUCAUUGCCGUUUUUCCACCUCUUCGGAUCCCUGUGGGCGCAUGUUUUCACCGUCCGAUACGGUCAGCCGUUGUUUGUCCUGCCGCGCUUUGAACUGACUCAAUUCGUGGCUGCCGUGCAUCAGUACCAGAUCACUGAGACAUACAUGGUCCCCGCCAUGGUUCACGUGUUCAACCAGAGUGCCUUGCCGCUGUCUCAUCUGCUAUCUUCGCUUCGUUACGUGGGUGUCGCGGGCGCUCCGAUCGAUGCUGCAUCUAUGCAACUCUUCCAGUCGCAGCUGCACCCCUACGCUACUGCCGGUCAGCUCUGGGGUAUGACCGAGGCGGGUGUUGUCUUCCAGUGCCGCUACGGCGACCGCGAGGAUCACGGAAGCAUCGGACCUCAACUGCCAGGGUACGACGUGCGUCUGCUCGGUGCUGACGGUACUCCUGUGACUGGGGAGCAGCAGGAGGGCGAGUUAUUUGUGCGAGGCCCCGGUGUGCUUACGUGCUACAAGGGCCGCAACGACGCUAAGGAUGCAAAUGGGUGGUUCCGAACUGGUGAUAUCGCGUUUAUCAAGAACGGACGGUUCUACAUCAGAGGACGUACUAAGGAGUUGAUCAAGGUCCGAGGAUGGCAAGUGGCCCCCGCCGAACUCGAAGCUGUCCUCCUGAAACACCCCGCCAUCGAAGACGCCGCUGUGAUUGGCGUCACCAACAAAGACGGCAGCGAAGUCCCCCGCGCCUUCGUCGUCCGCUCCAAGGACCCCAACAUCCAUCACCCGAACGAGGAAGAAGUGUACAAGUUCUCGCGCAAGCAGCUUGCUAGCUACAAGGCUUUAGACGGCGGCGUCGUCUUCGUCGAGGACAUCCCUCGCACGGCGAGCGGAAAGAUCCAGCGCUUCAAGCUGGCCAAGAUGAACGAGUACCGGAGGUUGGUGUCCUUGUAUAUUGACGCGAAGAAGGCGGAGCUGAUUGCUCUUCAGCCGAUGGGGGUCGUCCCUGCUGCUGCGGGGGGCGUUGCCGUUUAG